AUGCCCUCUGCGGGCUGCUGCGAGGAGGGAGAAGGCGCCGCCGCCGCCGCGCCUGGGGAGGGUCCCGUCCCUUCGAGCCCUCCGGCGGCGGCGCCCCCCUCGGCCUCGGAGCGGCCCCGGCUGUGCGGCUACCUGCAGAAGCUGACGGGGAAGGGCCCGCUGCGGGGCUUCCGCAGCCGCUGGUUCGCCUUCGACCCGCGCUGCUGCGCCCUCUACUACUUCAAGGGCUCCCAGGAGGCGGUGCCCCUCGGACGCCUCGACAUCGCCGGAGCCUCCUUCAGCUACCACCAGCCGGCCGAGGCCCCCGGCGCCGCCGCCCCCAGCGCCGCCGCCGCCCCGGCCUCCGCCUCCUUCUCCGCCGCCUCGUCCUCCUGCUCCUUUUCCGGCGGCAGCAGCAGCAGCAGCGGCGGCGUCGGCGGCGUCGGGGAUGUCGAGGCCGCCCUCGGCAGCACAUUCGAGAUCCACAGCCCCGGCGGCGGCGUCACCGUCCUCAAGGUAGAACGGGGCCUCCCCGGGGUGGGUCCGGGGUAGCUGCCCCGCUUUGCCGGCCCGCCGCGCGCCCCUCGUUGGGAGCUCCCUGCUAUAGCUCUCUAGUGUAUUUUAAAACGGGGUUUCAGAGUUUUUAGGGGGUUUUGAAUGUUUUAUGUAGUUUUUCAAUUUCAUUGUUCUGCAUGGGACAAUGACAAUAAAGAUAUCUUAUAUAAAGGGGUCCUGAGGGCGGGUCAAGCGGGGCAGGGAACUCCAAGCGAGGAUGGACCUCCAAGCCAGCCCGCUUAGGCUUGUGGGGCGGGGCUUGCUCUCAGGUAACUUCCUCAGGUAAGGUCGCUUCCUCGAGGCUACCACCACGCGCCCCCCCCCUUUAACCUGUCACUGAGUCCCGUUAAACGUUAUUUACAGUCUUUAUUUCAUAAAGUUUACAUACAGCUUGAUUGUUGGAAAAAGCAAACCCUCAAAUCUUUGCUCCUCCACCAGCUGCCCUGUCUGAAGGACCCAGAUCCCAAAACCAUCUGGGCUCAAGCAGAGCUUGCUUCUACAUAUAGAUUUGUGCAAGUGGCUUCAGCAGAGUCAGACCAUUCCUCCAUCCAGCUUAGUGUUGACUACUCUGCUUAGCAGGGGUUCUCCAGGAUUUCAAAUGGGUAUUUCCCAGCCCUGCCUGGAUAUACCUGUUACUGUUUGUAUGCAAAGCAUGUUCUCUGGCGCAGAGAUAUUCUUUCCAGAUAGGUUAACCUGUCUGGGCAUAUCGUCUGGCACUUCCUUGGAAAUCCUUAUCCAUCUAUAUGCAGGAUCAGAGGAAGAGAUUGUCGCAGAAUUUAAUUUGGUUUGCCUAACCAUGUAUUUGUGUUACCAAGAUGAUUACACUAAAAACACACACACACACAAAUCAGCAUUAACUAAUCUGGAGCACCUGUUCUCUUUCCCCUUUGAUAACUUCUGGUUCUGUUUUGAAUCUCUUUCACCCAAGCAAUAAAGACUGAGGGAAGGAAAACCUUCCAGUUUCAUAUCCAAAGGUACCUACCCUAAAGCAUGGCUAAAGUGCACACUUAUCAGUGUCAUUGUGGGCAGUACCUAGAGAGCUGCUGAGCUGGGAUGGUGGCAAACACCACAUGGCACCUCUGUCAAGAUAGUCUGUGGGGUAAGCCAAGAAACCAUCAGUCAGUAUUGCAGGAAGAGCUGGAACAACUCACUUCCCCAUUAGUUAUAAUACAAGAAAAGCAAGGUGAAACAACUGAGUUGCAGGACAGAGCUAGACCUUUUACUCCACAAUUCAUACCAGAAUUAUUUCUUCAGCAGAGUAGUCUAGCCCCACAAGCUAAUAAAACAGUAUUUCAGUGCUGUCUGUGCCUAAAGCCACAUGCCACGUGUAACUGCAAUACCAAAACAUGUCCAAACAGUAAUAAAAAAUAGAAAUUGCAUUUAUUGCUCUGCUUUUGGUAUUGCUAUCCAUGUACAAAUAAUGUAAUAAACAAUGCAUUUAAAACUGUAAAUGAAAAUGUUUCUCUGAUUUAACCAGUUCUGAGAGAGCUGUGCUCUUCAGUGAUAAGUUUCCAUAAGUAAUUUUCUCUUGUAGAUAUUAGGUGCUCUGUUACAAAAUCGUUCUGAGAAUUAUAGCAUCUUGCUCAGUAGGUUGGAGCUGAGAGCUUGAACAGCAAUCUGUAUACAGCAUGAAGGCAAAAUGUGGUGUAAUAGCUGGCAGCAAUCCUUUGCACACAUAUUUGGAUUUAAGUCCUGGUGAACAUUGUGAGGUUUAUUUCUGAGGAAACAUACUUACAGUGGGACUGUAAAAUAAUGAAUUGCUUCAGUAGCCAGGAUGAGUAUGUUAAAAUGCACCCUGGAUGUACCUGCUUCUAACAUUUCAAUGUUACCUUGACCUGUGACUGCAAGAGGCAUACCUUUCCCUUUUCUAGUUGAGUAUCAAUGCAGUAAUUUCACAAUAUCAGGUGGCACUAAUGUUUGGUGGGGUGGAGUGACAAAAGAAUAAGGUGGACAAUUGGUUCUUCCUUAAUUGUUAGUUCUAUCAUUUUUGUUGGGCUUCGCUUCCCUUUUGCUCUGAUGUUGCUGAUCUGGCUUUGAGCCACCUUCUGUGACUUGUUACACUUAUUCUCUAGCUGUGUUUCGGCCACUGUGUUUCAUCUUAACAUUCUGCUAAAUGAACAAACCUUAUUCACUCAUGUGCUGCUGCUUCAUUCUUUUCUACAUAGGAGUGAUCAAACAAGCCAUAGCUCCCUGGUUUGUCCAAGCUGGGAAACUAUGGUUGAUGAAAUAUGGUUCCAUGUUCUGUAGCUGUUCACGAUAGUAAUAACCUCCUUUAUCUUGCAAAAACUCCAAUGAUGGCUCUGUGAAAAGAACAUCCUGGAUUAUCCAAGCAUCUUGUCCUACUUCAUUGGCUCUUAGGGUUUGGGUGUGAAGAGGAUUCCUAAAGCCUAUUAAAAGAAUAAUAAUUUUGCUGCCAAAUGUUUAGUUUAGGCAUUGGUGUUCUUAAGUAUUUAUUUCAGGAUUAAAUGGAGCCCAUUACUGAAUUUGUGCUUUACAUUUCAAGCUUAAUGGAUUUAUCCUUUCAAGGAAAAACUCCGUAUAAGAGCAGAACAAUAUUUUCAAGGAAGAAAGUCAAAUCAAACAUAGGCUUCUUCAUGCUCACAUGCUUUAAUAUUCCUAAACUUGCUGCUGAUUCACAGUUUCUGAAUGUAUCAUGGGAUGGACUCUCCCAUCCAUUAUUCUUAACAUUAUAGGAACACUAAGAAAUGACUUGGAAAUAUUAAAUCUGUGUCCUUUGGGGAGUUUUUCCAAGUCACCACUUUAUAGCUAGCAGUUGUGCUGUGCUCGUGUAAUGCAACUUCAGGCCUGUUGUACUAGAGCAAUGUGGCUUCUGGCUGCAUUGGGAUCCUAUUCAUUUUGGCAGCCUCCUGUUCCAAGGUCAGAAAUGUUAAGUGUGCAAAAUGCUUUUGCUAAUCCUGUGAUGUAGGUAAUGAUGUGAUGAUGUUUUCUGAACCAUAUUGGCUUAAACUGGAGGUUGUGAAAGCUACAGGAAAAGAGCAAAAUGGUUUUAGGCCUGUCAUAUCCUGAAUCCUAAGAUAUCAACCCACAGCUUCUUUAUUACCUGGAGAAAAUGAAGGUAACCUUGCUAGAUAGUUGUGACUGAAAAGUUGCGCAGUAAAAAUUUUUUUGCACAAAAGCUGUGUCUGUUGCAGUGUCACUGGUUGGUGGGAAUUGCUUCCAAGUAAAUGUUGUACAUCCUAAUUGAAUACUUGUUUACCCAGACAUGCACCCCACUGAACUCCAAUCCUGUUAGGCCUCCCUGAGAAUAAGUUACAGGGGUUACAGUGGGACUUCUGAGAAUGGUGCUGUUAUUCAAACAUGAUGCAAUGCAGUUUCUUGACAAUUGGCUUCCUCUUGUGGGUUUUUCCUAUUGAGUCAGAACAUCCCUUCCCUUAACUAGCAGUCAAGCACUGUCUCUUCCAGAUAAUUUCAUGCCUUUCCUAUGAAAGCUAAUGUCACAAUCAAUUCAUUAGUAUUUAAGAUGCUGCAGGCUUAUUUGCCUGAGUGAUGCUGACCUUUAUUGCUUUCACUGUGACAGGAAGAUGAAUUAACUUACAGCAUAUGUUGUGGUUGCCUGUUUCUUUGAGGUUUCAGCUUUCUUUCCUGUUCCUCGAUCUUAUCGAUACGUAACAUGUUUUCUUUAUAGGGAAGACAAACUGUAAACAUUCACCAUUAGACAAAUAUUUUAAGUUUUGGAAAGGCAGUCUGAAAAAUAUAAACCACAUCAUGAAAAAUGGACUCCCCAAUAAUCAAGAGUCCAUUGUGGUCUCUCCAUCUGCCCCAAGUUGCUCUGUAUAUGAGAUUCAUUAUUCUGAAAGUAUUCAUUCUGUUACUAAACAUGAUCCUAUAAUAAAUAUUAUUUUUAUUCUUAUUGUAGGCCAAUCUAGGUCAGUUUGAAGAAAGUAGUGGCAAGCAUGGAUAAAGUGUGAACACAUAGAGCACUGUGCUGAUGCCUUCCAAUAACAACAUGGUAAAAGUAGUCCAACUUAAAGAUUCCUGUUGUCAACUACAGAGAGAGGUAGACAUGUAAUGGGAUACCAAGCCAUUGCAAAAAAUGCAAUAGCUAGGCUUGCUUGACAGGUCCCCAAUUUAGAUGGAAUUUGGACUGCAUGAGCCACAUACACACAUCAGAACUGCAUCUUUUAUCUUGUAAUCGAAUACUUAGCAUAGAAGGAUGCAAAUCCCUGAACACAGUUGUUGAGUUAUUUCCAUUUUAGUGCAGCUUAUGGAUGACCAGCCGUAAUGUAGCAGCCUUUCUGUAUUUUCAAACAGAUGACAGGCACCUUUUUGUGUGUCCAUGCGUAUGCAGGCACCUUCCAUUCCUUGUGCAGUAUUCCUCUUGUAAUGUUUUCAACAUUUCUGCUUGUGUGUGUAACAGGCACCAACACACCAGGAUAUGAAGUACUGGCUUCAGGAGCUUCAGCAGAGGAGAUGGGAGUAUUGUAACAGCCAUGAUGCAACUAAGAGAGUCAGUCAAAUUUCACCGACACCAUGUGACUCCUCCAAAGGGCUUGUUGCCAAAGAUAAUACUGGUAAGCUAAUGAUGAGACUGGUCGAGAAUGCGAGUCAUAUAACUUUGUUGGUGGCAGUAUCAUAAUAUUUUUCAAAUUCUAAGUGCAACUGCCAACUCUACACAUAGCUCAACUUAGUUUCCAUGAAAGGUAGAUUGUGGGCACAAUUAGCUGAAGUAUAGAGAGGGUGCUUGAUAAUGUUUAAUGGAUUGUGCUGUAACUGCUUAUUCAGCUUUUAGUGGCUUCUUUAUUUAACACUCAAUUUGAUUUCCUGUCCUGCUCCAAAUUCUCAGGGUGAGUUGGAAAAUUUCAACCACUGGUGGCAUAAAAUGCAAUAUAAAAAUUUAAUUUGUCACCGGCAUGACACCGGCAUCACUAUAUGCUAAAACAUAAAAUCUGACAUGUUAGAACCAUCACAGAUGUCAAGGUUUGUGAAGUUCAUUAGAUUCUCUUAUCCUGAGAAGAAAUAAAUAAAGAAGAAAUAAAUAAAUCUAUCGGUCUCAUGUAAAUGACAUUUGGAACAGGAAAUCUUAGGAUAGUAAACAAUUCAAAGGUCAUCCUAGUUGCUUGUUGGUUUUUAUAGGAUUGCCCUGUAAGUCUCAGUGUUAUUUACACAAUCCAUCAAAGCUGCCCCAGAUAUGUCUUAACCUUUGUGUGAUGUUCAAUGCUAGUAGUAUAAUAUGUGUAUGUUAUAGAUGGGUGGGAAUAGUAAUACUGGUUCCCCUCCACAUUUUUGUUAACGAUAUAUAUAAGUACAUGAACAUUAGGUAGAGCACAGAGCCUCCAAAAUGUGGUUUUUUUAUUAUAAAAAAGCUAUGGAAAUAGUGGAGUUGUGCCACUAAUCCAGCCGCAUUCAGACCAUUGCAGUAGCAAUGAAGGUUGUCUUCUGAAGAAAAUACUGCAUUUUCACAAUUUCUGUUCUUUAAUUAGAUUUUUAUUUUAAAAACAAUACAAAAGCAAACCAUAUCAACUAUGUGGAAACCAAGAUUUAGAAAAACUAUAAAAUGCUAUUCUGACUUCUAAGCGGCAGCAUACAUUGUGACAGAAAACAGAAAGAGUUUUUAAGAAUUCCAAAUUUUACCUGCCGGUAUUGGCAAUAGACUUUGUAGAUCAGCAUUAUUGGCAUAAGCAAUAAAACCCCACCAAGUAGCAGGGAGAGCUUCUAGGUCCUCAGUGCCUUUCAAGAGUUAACUUAUGAGUUAUCUUAUCAGAAAUGGCUGCAUUUCAUUGUCCCAGGUUUUGAAUACUGAACUUGAGUGAAAUUUCCCCAUAAGAAUGUGAGGUUUCCUCACACAAGUCAUGAAUUGGAUCUUUAAGAUCAGGUAAAGAAAGUACAUGUAAAUUGGGCCAAAGUAAUUCUGGAAGUGCAUUACCAAAUGCCUGUGUUCUGACCAGUAGGCCAAAUUAUAAUUGGUCAAAUUUUGUUGAGACAAAAUAGGUAUCUUAGUAAUAUCCUUACCCAAAAUCCAAUUAUUUGUGGGUGUGAUUGCUUUUCUCUUCCUAACUAGUAUCAUGCUUUGAACAUUCAGCUUCUGAAAGUUACUUAGCUAUUUUAUUUUUAACACAAUUGAUCUGGGGAGGAGGGGGAUUUUCUACUUAACAGGCAAUCUUUUUAAUUUCAUUGCUCCUGGAAUUUUAUAAAUCUGCUGCAGAAUAAGUACAGUUGUACCUCGGAAGUCGAACAGAAUCAGUUCCGGAAAUCCGUUUGAAAACCAGAACACUCACUUCCGGUUUCUGUUUGGGAGCCGGGACAUUCUACUCCGAAGGCGUUGAGGAGCCGAGGUACAACUGUACAACUUUUUUGAAGCUGACUUGAGAAAUAGCAUUUUUAGAAACCUUAUUGAUUUUGUGAUAGUUAUUUAGUUAUGCCGAUUGUACCUUUCUAGACCAAAAAACUUUGAGAUAAAUAAAAUCAGAUACGUUGGCAAUCUACUAUUGCUGGGUUUUUUGCUGCUUUUUCUAUGGAUUAUAAUUUCAGGGAUUGUAUUUCAAGGCAGUUAUUUAUUGUUAACUGAAUUUUUGUCGACAACACUGCCAUGUUUAUAAGUCAAUAUAUAGAUACUUUAAAUAUUUUAAAUGAAAACUUUAUAUUACAAUUUACAGUAAGUGUGAUAUUGCAGUACUGUUUGUCAUCCAGCUGAAACAAGAAGGCAUUCAUGGUAGCUUUCUUCCUAAUGUUCAUGUUUACAAAGAAGUGGGCAGUGAGCAUAAAAUAUAGUGCAAUGUUGUGUAUGGGGACCAUUGUACUACCAGCAUUUGGAAAAUUAUUCUAAUUGAAAACUGCUUUGAGCUUUCUCUGAUUUAUGGUAGAUUUUGUGUGCAGAGUCUUGUCUUUCUGGCUUCAUUCCUAUAUUUGUGUGUGAGUGAAUAUAAGCAAUAAAUAACUUUGCAGUAUUGCAGAUAACUGAGGAAAUUGUAUUUAUUCAUUGAGUGCUGUUAUCAGAUUAUAAGGUAACUUAAAUAGUACAUUUCUGACUGCAUCAUUUUCAUUUAGGUUAAAUUGUAUUUAUAAGUGAUAUAAAAUAAGCAGGGGAGGUAUCUUUUGUUGAAACAGCUUCCAUGCUGGUAAAAGUUUUAUGUAAGGUCACACCAAAACCAUCCUUUUGAGUAGAUGUUUUUUAAAAAACCCAGAUGAGAACCCGAGCAAGGUUUCAUGCCAGUCAACAGCCUGUUGUUCUAGUAGAAUGCCGCAGGUGUCCUAGUCAUGAUUAAACCAGCAAUGGAUAGAUGAUAUGGGGCAUGAACAGCUCAAAGUAAGUCCGUGCCCCAACACGAGCCAUUCUCUUCCAGUGUUUGUAUUUCGUAUCAGUUGAUUAACUUGCUGCCUCAUCAUCCUCUUUUUCUAUGGUCGCCAGUAGGGAAUGCCACUUAAUAUUAAUUGCCUUCUAGCCCAUAAUUACCCUGCCCAGACCACAAUUGCAGGCACUCUUAGGCUGAGAGUUUUGGGGUUGAUCUCUUCUGACAUCAUGCUAAACCAUGGUUUUUCACUAAGUGAAUAAGCCUAAUCUGCUCCUGUGCUCUUCCUCCUGUGUGGUUGGGAGGAAGGCUUUGGAAACCUUUACUCUCAUUUAACUAUGAUUUCCCAUUUCAUCUUGCCUUGACCCUGACAAUAGUCUGUUUCAAAAUAAGCCCACUGUAAACAAGCUAGCCUGUUUGAAACACCCAAGUUUCCCAGUUCAGGUGAAACCAUAAACAACAAAAAGUGAAAGCUCCCAAACCCCUCAUAGCCAUUUUGUGGAAAGAGAAGGUGAGCACAUAGUUCCAGGAGGAGGAUCAACCCAUUCACAUGUCACUAAGCCAUGUCUGAACCUGGGAGUCUCUCCUCCCUUGCUAAUCACAGCAGCCCCAAGAAUGAAGGUGAGGAAAUUUCAUGUUGUGGGGGCACAUUACAUGAUGAAUAUUUGGGAACAUGCAGAGCUCACUUAACUUAGAAAGGUUCUAUUUGGUUGUCUUCCACUGAUGUAGCAUGUUAUUUGGUUAAUAGCUUUUCAUGCCUAAUCAUGGAUGGUUGUAGUCUGUUUUAUGUAAUUUUAAUAACUGAGUGUUAAGCAGAUCUUUGGCUUCAUCCAAGCUGAAAGACUGUGUCCUUGAUUGUAGGUUAUGUAAAUGUCCUCACAACACUCCAGCAUUCCUGUGGAUUUCAUACUGGUUGUGAUCUGGAGAAGAGAAUCCAUACAAAUGUGAUGUGGUUUUACAUUACUGUAUAUGCAUCUCUGUCAUAAAACAGCAAGAAGUGUGGGCAUUCUUCAAACUGUCUUGUUAACUGGGCAUGAGCAUUAGCAUUAUUUCCUGGGGCCGUGUUGGUCGGGGAGGGGAAUUGCUUUGCUUUGCUUUGCUUCAUCCUGCUGGUUUUCACACAGUACUCAUUUUAGCAGAGUGCUGACAACUUUGUACUGUAGUGGAAAUGGUUGAAGGUGUGUCUACAGCUCUAAACUUGGCUCACCUUGGAGUAGUGGUUUUCUCGAAACCUGGAAAUCAUUGUAUGCUUUAGAUCCAGAUAGCAGAACAUAUCCCUUGUUAACAGAGUCAAAGCCUGAUAUGGUGCAGCCAUCAAAUGUAUGCAAUUUGGUGCAAGGAGGAGGAAUACUUCAAUAAUCUUUUCUCUCUCUUUCUUGCUCUAUUCUCGUGUAAUGCUACUGACAGAGGGAAGAGUACUAGGAAGGACUACCUGUUAAUCUAUCACUCUUGAUGUCGCUGAGGGCUAGUGGGAGGUGAAGGAAGCAAGGGCCUCCUUGCUUAGAAAACUGGGCCCUGUGGCUUUCAUGUGCCUGCAGAACUUUGGAGGUGGGCUUUCCCACUUCUGGUUGCAUGUUAAGUGAGGAAGCUUCAAGGUGUAUGUAAAGAUACUGUUAGACUGCCCAAUGAUUGCCAGCUCCUCUCCAUGCUCUGGGCCCUUUGACAGAGCAGAGGAGGAAUAUGGCCCAUUUUGAGUGUACCUCUUGUACUUCCUGAGAUGGUAUGUACUCAUUCAAACUCUUGAAUUUGUACCUUUAACUACCUGUGUGUAUUUAGUGGGGAGGGGGCUACACAAUUACACAUAAAUAAUGUUUGGCCUAAUCCUUAGGUACCUGAAGCAUUAUAAUACCUGCAUGUGCGAGAAUCUGUUGUGAGAGACUGACAUAAUUGUUGGUUUAUCUUGGUUGGUUUCUGCUACCCUUCCCCACACUCAUUCUGAAUUCCAGUUUUAUUCUCUAAACUUUAAUGCAGAGCUUUUCAAACAUUAGUGUGUCAGCUGCAGUGUGCAGGUGUGUCACUCAAAUGCUCCCCGUGCUCCUCCCAGGGCUGGAAAUGGGUUAGUUUAACCUCCAGUUUGCUAGUAAAUCUGAAUUACUGUGUCACAAAACGAUGCAUGUCUAAAAAGUCUGUCACCAACAUGAAAAGUUUGGAAAGCUCUGCUUUAAUGACUGCAUGAGAUGCUGUGAGUUAUAGCCAAUUUGCAUGACUUUCUUAGCUGGCCUUGAGGCGAGUAUUAACUCUUCAGCACCAUAGUUGUUGGACUGCAAUAGUUUCCUGGGGUACUUGUGAGGGGAGCUCAAUAACUUCCUUCAUGACAUGUUAGAAGUCCUCUGAAUUUGCCCUCCAUGAGCGUUGAUGAGGACUGCUGGGGUGUCAGCUGCAUUAUUAAGUACUGGUGGUGUUUUUUGCCCUUCUUAGAUUGGACCACCAUGUUUUCAAAUGCAUCAGCAGAGAAAGCUAGAAAUGUCCUAAUGGUGGAGGCAGCGCGCACAGAACUGGUGGGAGAACAGGCAGCGUGCCAGCCAGUCCCAGGCCAGCCAAGUGCCAUUAACUUUGCUUUGAAGCAACUGGGUACAGAUAUCAAGUGAGUAUUGUGUGUUGUGUUACUUGACAGUGUUCAUCUAAUGGGGGUGGCAUAAAUACUACCAUGUGAUUGCAAAAAUGUUUAUGUUCGGAUUAAGCCUGUGGAGCAGAUGAUAUUUCUUCCCCUCCCCAAAAAUAAUACAUUUUGAACUGAAGUUGUUCAUGAUUUAGUGGAGGUAACAUUUGGACCUAGGUUCCCAGCAGCAACAUUCAACUUGCAGCCCACUGGCUUCCAUAAUAACUUUAUUAUGUUUCAGGGGAAACAUGUAGGUUAAAUCUAAGCAAGGCUGUGGAGAUGGAGUUAAGCUGACUAGGGGUGCCAGUGAUCAGGGAACAGGACUUUAAGACAAAGUUAAAACCAGUGGGGGUCCUGUGAAAAUCCAUAUGGGAGUCCAGUUCCCAUGUCAGUUUGCUACCUAAAGCAUCUCAAGGUGUGGAAAUGGAGUUAUUAGAACGUACUAGAACCUGCCGCACAAGGUGCAUCUCUGAGUGAAAAUCUCCAUGGUGUGAUUUUGUCCAUGGUGUGAUUAUUUUCCACACCAUGUUUCUGUUAUGAGCAAAUGGUGGUUCUUUCAUUGAACAAUUUUUUCCCUCACUGAUGCUUUCCACCAGUUUACAUGAAGCAGAAUUUAGUUGGCAGAUCUGUAAUUUCAUCAUAAAAAAUACAUUGGUACCUUUCAGCUUUCUGGUAAGGAGAAAGUUUUAGCAAUGAUGAAAUGUAGCGUCUUACCCACCAUGCUGCACCAGCUCUCUUUUGCUUGCCCUUUGAAAAGGACAUAAUACCCUGUUCACAUAAUACACUGUUACUCCUGUUUAAAAAGUUCUAGAUCAUUUAUCUUUGAAACAAUAUUGGUCAUUGAACAUAAUAAAGAGAUUGAUUGAUACAUCUUUAAAACAAAUGUCUUGAAACAUUGUAAAGAAAAACACCCCAUAAAUAUCUCUCUGCCUUUGUGUUCUCUUUUUAAAUAGUGGGAAAGGCACAUUGACUAUCUAAGAAGUAACCAUUUAUAAGGCUUGUGCUGCUGCUGAAGUCACGGUUUUGACCUUGGCCAACUUCUGGCAACAGUUUUGUGGCAACUGACCUCAGAUCACUUCUGUUCUCUUCUUACCAUCCCCACUCGCACCCUUUCAGUAAUGCUGAAAGGCUGCCCAGGGGGAGUAAGUCUUGCAAGUACUUCUGCAGCACAAGCUCCCAUCAGUUUCUAGGGGGCGAAGCUUCAGUACUUGGAGGAUUUUCCUCUCCUGGUUCCUUUUCCAGAUGGUUAUGGAGCAGGGCACAUGUGGCAACUGUUGCCUUGGUUGCACUGGAAAAAUUAAACCACAUCCUUCUUGUGAUUUCAAUGAGUGUGAUUGAUACCCCCACCCCUAUGCUAUUUAGUUGCACAAAAAGGCUUUUGAAAGGAAAAUGUUGGAUGUGCAAUUCUGAAUAUGGUCUAAGAAUUUUUCUCUGCUUGUCAGUUUGACCACAAAAAUGUCCAUAAUGGGAUUCUGAAUCUUGCAUAGCAUACUGUUUGUAGGAAAACUAAGGCAACUCUGAAUUACUCCAGAUCAGGCACCCCCAACCUUUGGCCCUCCAGAUGUUUUGGACUACAAUUCCCAUCAUCCCGGACCACUGGUCCUGUUAGCUAGGGAUCAUGGGAGUUGUAGGCCAAAGCAUCUGGAGGGCCGCAGGUUGGGGAUGCCUGCUUCAGAUCCUUCCUCUAUGUGAUCCUUUAACUCCUAGUGUAUAAUGUUAACUUUUGCUUCGGGCAUAACAUAGGGAAAUAUCAGCCCUGCACAGAACUUCAACUGUCAUCUGUUUUGUGUUACUUAUCAGAUUGUGUUCCUAUGUGGCAACCUGGUUGUGCAUAAACUAGCCUUCGCCAACCUGGUGUCCUCCAGAUGUCCUGAACUACAGCUCCCAUCAGCCCCAGCCAGCAUGGUUGUAUGGUGCUCCUUACUUAGGAAAUCAAAUGAACAUUUUUCUUGGCUGGAUCAAGCUUUUGUGGACAUUAUGUGGUACCUGCAGCCCUCCACAUGUUGCUGGACUACAACUCCCAUCCUCUCUGACCACAUCUACAUGAUAGUAUGGGUUGAUGCCUCAAGAUCUGGAGGGGCACAGGCUUCCCACCACUGUUGUAUGGUCUAGUGUAACUUUCACCAACUUGGUUCCAGGGCUGGCCCAAUAUACUUUGCUGCCUGAGGUGAACCAGAAAAUGGUGCUCUCCUUGGGAAUUGUAGUUUGUUAAGGGUGCUGGGUUACAGCAAGGAUAGGGAAUAUCAGGCUAAGGGACCAAUGCAGCCUUCCAAGCCUCUAUGUUGGGGCUUGGGCCACCCCUCUCCAGUCCUGCUUUGCACCCUCAAGUUUUGUUUUGUUUACUGUCUGAAAUGGUUCUUUGGAUGGAGGACAGUACUGUGGUGGUAGAAGAGCACCCCCUCCCCUGCAACCCCUCCUGCCUCCUCUUUCCAUUCCACUGACUGACCUGUCUUUUGCCUUUGCACCAUGGCUUACUGGCUGGAGACUGAAGCUGCUCUCUUGCAAAGCUGGAAGCCUGCAUGUCGGGAGGGAGCUGUGCACACAGCACAGCAGUUGAGUGGGACUCUGUGGGCUAGAGGUUUGAUAGAGGUACAGAAAGGGAGGGGAAGCAAGACUCUGAAAUGGGGAGGAGAAACAUUGUGGUGAAGCAAGGGGGACUAAAUGGAGAAGAAAAAUGGGGGUGAGGAGGGAAAAAGAGGAAAGCCAGAAAGCAAGGGGAAGGGUGUGCAGCCGAGGAGGAAGCUAUCAAGUGCAGGAGGUGGAACUGUUGCUCCUCGCAGCUGUGUGGAGCCUGCCACCCUAAGGCCACUGCCUCACCUUGCCUCAUGGUGCCCUCCAGAUUUUAUGUCUGGAGCUGUGGGAGCUGUAGUCCAACAUCUGGAGGGCACCAGGUUGACAAAGGCUGGUCUAACAUCUCUCACAAGUACUUUACCAGUAACUCCCUCCCCAAACAUAUGAAGGAAGUUCCAAGAUCUUGCGGAAAUUGUAGAGUCAGCCAAGGGAAAUAACAUUAACUUUACCAAGUUCCCCCUUGUUGACUGCUUAACCACAAUUGCCAGGCUUUCUCUUUCAAAAAUACAGCAGUUUUAUCACGUGCUUUGAAUGUUUCUCUUUGCAAAAUUAGCCAAUAUGUGUUCAUGUGUUUUAACAGCUACUGAGCAAUUUUAGUACAGUUGUUGCAGAUCCAUAGUAAAGAGUGGUUGCUGUUACCAAGAUUGUGUUACACAAAUUCAAGACUGCACUUACGACUUCAUUUCUUGGCAAACAUGAUUGCUUGAAAUACAUCUGUUCUGGUAAACUUCCUGAAGCUCGGUGCAGAUUAGUGUAUCUUAAAUGCAUGUACUGUAGUAACCCUUGAGUGGUGUAAUCAUAUGGCGAGAUUUUGCAACCGGAAUUCUUAUAUCAAACUAACAAAUGGCAUUUUUCACUCUUUAUGCAAUUCCUCAUAGUGUUUAUAAAGUUGCUUUACAUGCCUUGAUUUGUUUUUUAAAAAAUAUAUUUUACUUACCAUUUUCAAUUUUCUUAUGUGCACUGAUGAUAGUCAGUUUGGAUGGGGGGCUUUUAUCCAUUUCUGCAGUCACACAAUCAACCAGUAGCUGAACUGGGUGCCACACAGUCACAAAAACAAGUCACAAAAAUGAAGUCACAAGCUACAGUCACAAAAGCGAAGUCACAAGUCAGUCCCAUAAAAUGAACAACAAACCACAGUCAAAAAACCAAAAAAGCCACACCAAAACGCAAAAAAAAAAAUCAAAAACAAAACCUCCAAAUAUAACUUCUGUGUUGCGUGGGUGCUCGGGACUCCACAGCUGGCAGACUCAACAGGAAGCCUCUGAUUAGCAGCGAGGGACUCAAUUAACAAACGAAACACAUUCAACAGGAACCAGAUGAUGAAAAGCGACCCCUAAAACAGCAAUUUUACAUGGAUUUUACUAUCUAACAAGGCCAUUGAGCCAUAAAAUGAAAUCAAUAAAACAGAACAAAAUGAAAAUGUGAUUUUUUUUCUUACCUGCGCUGAUGAUAGUCAUUGUUCGGAUGGCAGCUCAGGGUCCUCUUCCACAAUCACAAUCGGCUUGGCUCCCACCAUUCGCGGAGGCCUCAGAGAGCUCCCAUGGCCGGAGCCCAGUCGCGGACCCUCCGCAGGCCCCACGGAUGUCCGGGCUUGGCUCUGGGCAGCAACGAGGCCUCCGAGAGCUCGGAAAACUCACUUCUGGGUUAAAAUCAUUUCUAAUCUGAAAAAAUGUAACUCGAAGUGUUUGUAAUCCGAGGUACCACUGUACUUUGAAUUUAAGUGUAGUAGGAAAUGAUUUACUAUUUUAAGUGGAAAGCCUCAGGGAUUCCUUGAGUGAUCCAUUGUUGCUGUCAUAGAUUGUAGCAGAGUCACUUACUGCAUUACCAUAUGCUACAAAUGGCAUUCUGAGACUUAUUUGGAGCAGGCUGUCAUUGACAGGGUGGGAAACGUCUGAAGCGUAGUCCAGCCUUCCCCACUUGAUGUUUCGGAUUGCAACUCUCAUCAGCCAUAGCCGGUGCAUGUCAGCUGAGCACCUUUCUACAUCUUCCUGGGAAUAAUUUUUAGUCUGAAGAGUAUAAAUUAAACUCCUAGCCCUUGAUAUUUAAAUGCACAUUUGACAAACUUUUGCAGUGUAGGCAUCUGCAUCAACCAAGUUCUCUGCUUUGGAGUGAAUUUGGAACCAAGAGAAAUUGAACAAAACAGUAGUUUUGCUUGCUUUUGAUUUCUACAGUUGUGUAUCCUUUAUUUUAAAAAUUACACUUCUCUCUGUUUGUAUAACUACUUCUUAAUUUCUGUACUUGCCAGGAACUCUGUGUCUUCACUAAGAACUGGAAAAGGAAGCAAUGACAACCGUAAGAGUAUUUUUUACACAGAGGAGUGGGAAUUUCUAGAUACGAAGGAUUUGGAGGAGUCAAUAGUUCAAGAUCGGAAGAGGUUUUCAGGAGAGCAGAGCAAAGGUAUUCCAGUGUUCCUUCUCCCCACAUCUCCCAUCCCAUCUUUUCUACUAUUGUACUUGCUAAGAUUCUUUAUAUUUCUAUACCAUUGACCCUUAGGAGCUGAUGAAAAUGCAUUCCACUCUAAAGGCACACCAUGAAAAUGGGUUCUCUAUUGAUAAAGAAUGCUGAUAAUAUCUCUUCUUGGAAACUGAUUUGCUUUUGGAUUUUUCUGUCUUAGCUACCGGGAUACCUGGACUCAAACUUGCACUGCUGUGACUUAUUUCCAUCAGACCCAUGCUUGUGUCAAGGCAUUUUUCUUGAGUGUACUUUUAAGCACAAAGUACCUCUUUAUUAAACAAUAUGUUGCAAAUUGGUUAUAUUGUACUAUAUGCAAGAGUGAAGAGAGUAAGGAAUACAGCAUUUUGGUGCAAUUGAUAGGGGUUUAGAUUCAAGUAGAGAGGUUUGGGGGGGAGACUUGAGUUCAAAUCCACACUCAGCCAUGGCAAUUGUGGCUAAACGUCCGUUACAGGUAGGUCAGUCUGAAGUCUGAGGAGGAAGAUGGAUAGGAUACAAAUGUGAUGAUUUAAAAAAUGGUAGGAGUUUGUUUCUGCACAGAUGUUUUCAACUUUAAAUUGGGAAGGUCUUCCAUCUGAUCAGAGUCGCUUGUGGUGACUUGUGGUUAGUCUGAUGAAGGAAAUACGUGCUUCCCUGCUCAGUUUCCUUUACUAUUGUAAUGAGUUGGAGCUCACUACAGACAAUGGAUUCUGAGGCUAAGUCUCCAAAUGUAACCCUAGUUCUAACACAAACCACAGAGGAUAAAUGAGAACGCAUACUAUGGGCUCACUUCCUUGUAGUGGCAAAAAGGGUUAAAACUAACAUCCACUGAAGUAGCAGGCACUUCUUUUUUCAGUUCUAAUUUUGUCCUGGUAUAUGAUUUCUUAAUUGUGCAUGGUCUCACUGCUUAGAAUUAAAGGGACAGGGAGAAGAGAACUGAAGGAAACCGAUGACAUACAAUUAAUUAAUCAACUUGGAAGUGCUUGCUUCAGUCUUUGUUCCAGAUUCGGUGAUUGAGUACAGUAGUGUUCUUUUAACAAAGUCAGGAAUGUGUCCAAAUACAUUUUAGUCUGAAUGAGGAAAAAAAUAUAUCUUCUUGUGCAGGCGUGUCUGGUCCAGCCUUUCCAUUUGAUUUUGGCCGCAUUCCACACAGAACAAGGCGUCCUUUAAAGGAAAUGAUUGCAGGCAGCAAAAACCGGAAUAGCACGGAGUCUUCUCCUGAUGAGUGUAAUGGAAACAAGCUGGCUUCCGAGAUGCAGUUGAAGUUCCAGAGCCAACAGGAAGAGUUGGAGAGUCUCGAGAAGGAGCUGUUGAGUCAAAAGGUAACUGGUCUACAAGCUAGAGAGGAACAGUAGCUGGAGCUGGAGCCAGCAUUGGCAUCAUAUAUGGCAGGUUUUGCCAAGCAGUGCAGGAGAACCUGCCUGGCACACAUUAGAGGCGGGUGGUUUAGACUACAGUACAGCGCCUCUUGGGCUUGCCGAUCAGAAGGUUGAUGGUUUGAAUCCGCUUGACGGGGUGAGCUUCUGUUGCUCUGUCCCAGCUUCUGCCAACCUAGCAUUUCGAAAGCAUGCCAGUGCAAGGUACCGCUGCGGUGGGAAGGCAAAUGGCAUUUCCAUGUGCUCUGGUUUCCGUCACAGUGUCCUGUUGCGCCAGAAGCUUGCCACAUGACCCGGAAAGCUGUCUGUGGACAAAUGGCAGAUCCCUUGACCAGAAAAUGAGAUGAGCACUGCAACCCCGUAGUUGCCUUUGACUGGACGUAACCGUCCAGGGGUCCUUUUCCUUAGAGGCAUGUUAGAGGAUGUAAUGAAACACUCCCAAAUUUUUGUAUGUACAUCUUCUGGGACCCAGCCCUAGGCAUUCUACACCUGCUCUGAGUUCUUUAUACUACAAAUGUGUGGUUGCCAGAACCAGGGACGGGACAGGUUUUCCCUCUGUAGCCUAUGUGAAGACAGUGUGCAUUCUUCAUUUUAAAAAAUAGCUAGCUGACCUCUUAAACACAUUUUUAAAGAAUUACAGAGACCUCACUGCUGCUAAGAACUUUGCGGGAGGGGUUGUUUGUUUUUUGCCAUGCACAGGAAUUGAAUAGAAACUCAGAGAUGGCUGCUUAAAAUGCUGUUCAGCCCAACAUGGUUCUUGUGCCUUGGUGCAGCCUUUUCCACCCUCAUUCCUCUAGAUCUUGAGUGGGUGACAUUUGUCCUCCCCCACACAAUGCUGCUGAACUGUGGCUCUCAUCAGCCCCAGCAAGCAUGCCCAAUGGCUAUGGAUGAUGGGAGUUGCAGUUCUGCAGCAUCUGGUGGGGCGAAUUCCCCAUCCCUGUGCUUCAGUUCCCAUCAUCCCUGGCCAUGCCAGCUAGGGCUAGAAUCUGACAGCAUCUGGAGAGCACUAUGUUGGAGAAGGCUACCUGUUAUCUACUUACCUGUAAUUGUCUCCAAUUCAAAGCCUUAAGCUGUCCAGAAUUUUUUUUUGGAAUGAUUGUAGGUGUAGCGAGAGAGAUUAACUUGCAGCAGAAUUUUGAUGUGCUUGGUUUAAAAAUGCUUCCAGUUACUACCCUAAUUGUUCCUUUUGAAGAUCUACUGUAGGUAUGGCCAAAGGCUGGCAUCUACCCAGAGGUUUGAUUCUUCUCUUUCAACAGGAUUCAGUUUCAUGUUGCAAUGGUUUUAAAACUUUCCUCAAUUUAAAAAUUGGUGUAAUGUCUGUCACGAGGGGUAGAUGCACAAGUGAUGGAAGUUAAGAGCCCUCUUGGUUGCACAGAUCUAGUUUAUCUUUUAUUUAACCAAAUAGUUUUUUAAAAAUUUGGUUUAUUAUUUGUUGUAAAGCAAACCUCUAAGCGGUUUACAAAAAUAUAAAAUAUUGGCACCACUGCUUCUGCUCACUCCACUUACCAACCAUGUCUAUCUGCCAACCCCUUUCCAAAGCCCCCCUCCCCCGCCAGCCUGCUCCUGCUUCAGAAUAGAGCUGCUGUGCUAAACCUCUGUGAAUUGCUUGGUUAAAGCUUGUUGCAACUGCAUUUAAUGGAGGCAGGUGCUUCAGAGUAGCUUACUAAACCAGUCUGUGAAGCACCUCUCCUUCCUCCUGGCUGCCAUUUGUCACACUGGAGUUGGCAUGGUGGCCAUGCAAACUGCAAUGUGAUGCAACAUGAUGUAUAUAGGAAGAAAACAAAAAUAUUCUCAGUAAAAAUAAUUAAGCACAAGCAUAUAAAAGUUGUCAAAGGAGGAAUUAAAAUCAACAGUAGCUAAGAGGUAAAGCACAUCUAACUUGUGCAUGCCCCCAUGUUCACCAAUAUCCUUUUUUUCCUUCUCCUUAAAGGAACUUGUGCGGCUUCUGCAGCAGACUGUCAGAUCUUCACAGUAUGACAAAUAUUUUGUAGGGCAUCUUUGUGAUGGAGUCCCCAAAGAUAAGUUAGAGCUGCUUCAUGAAAAAGACAAUCAGAUAUUGGGUCUCAACAACCAGCUUGAAAAGCUUAAUCUGGAGAAGGACAGUUUGCGGCAGGAAGUAAAGAAUUUGAAAUGCAAGGUGGGCGAGCUCAAUGAGCAGCUGGGCAUGCUUAUGGAGACCAUUCAAGCCAAAGAUGAAGUGAUCAUGAAACUUUCCAGGGAGCUGAGUGAAUGCGAGGGCCAGUCAUCUGGCCAGAGUGGAGGAUCAGUCCAUUCUCCCAUGUCUUCUUCCAUCAACAAAGAACUGCAGGAGCUUGACAGGCUGAAAGUAAGGAACAUUUUUGCUUCAGUAGUGGAGGCCCUUCAAAUUCCAUGUGAUGUGCCCUUCUGUAGGCUGAAUAUUUUCAGGAAAUAGUUUGAACCUUGGUUUGGAAGCAAGGCACUUACCACAUUUCACUAAUUUUGGACACAAGGGCUAAGUUUGGUUGGUAAAAACUAUCAAGUAGAGAAUGCGAAUGGAAGAGAGGUGGGAUGAGGAUCAUUUGAAGGUGGCCCUGACUUGCCAGACUAUGUUUUGGCAUUGCAUCUAUCUGAGUUGAGCUGCAGGGGACCCAAUUCUCAGAUCACAACAGGUUUUGCAAACAAGGUUUAAGGAAUGGGGUCACAUCCAUGAAUAAGUAACAAAAUGCCAUAAGAGCAACAUCAUGAGAACACAUAUAGCAUGAUACAAAUACAGAUUAAAGAGAGAGCGACAAUAUAUGUGGCAAGAUGCUGCCUUAUUUGACAACCUUCAGACCUGAAGAGUCUUAAGGGAAGACAGAGCCCAGCAGAAACAGUCACAGCUUAAUGAUUUGAAAAUAUAGAACUCUUUUAUAAACUUUCAUUGCUUCCCUAUUUCUUGAUGCUUGAGACACAUUUGAUUUUUAAAGUAGAGCUUCUCAAGAAACUUAGCAUGAUCUUGAGUGAUUGAGCAACAGUUGGAAGUCAGUGAGUCAGAUCAUUGUUUUGUCAUUAGAAUUUCAUUUUCCCCAUACAGUAGUUGUACAAAAUUGGAGAGUACAGUUUUACUAGUGGCCUAGCCCUAAAAUGGUCCACCGUGUCAAGUUCUAAUGAGUGGAAUUUAUAGCACGCCUUUCAGUUCUUUGACUAUCUACCUCCCCACUUGAGCACUUUCUUUGUACAGAAUUACUGUACUGCCUCCCCCCUGUGUCAAUAUACUGUUUUAAAAACACAAGAAAAGUAGAGCUUCUUGGGUCAAGCUUCACUAGUCCUUACUGCUUGUAUUCCUCAUAAUAUAUUUUUUAAAUAACCUAUAUUUAUCCAUAUCUUUUAUUCACAGGAUAGUCUUCAGGGUUAUAAAAACCAGAACAAAUUUUUAAAUAAAGAGAUCCUAGAACUGUCUGCUUUACGGAGAACAGCUGAAAACAGAGAAAGAGACUUGAUGACAAAGGUCAGCUUAACACAGAUGCUCAUUGUAAAUCUUUCACUUGACACAAAGUAAACUCCUGCUAGCUUUCAUUGCCAGAAGUGAAAAUUUCAAGCAAUAUAUAGAAAGAGGAACUUAAAACUUAUUGUUAUGCUGAUUUGCAGAACCCUCUGUCUUUUUCUGGAAUUGCAACAUCCUCGUUUUAUCUCAGAGGUGGGGAACCCUUUUUCAGUCUUAGGUUUGCAGCAUUCCUUCACGGGCAGCCUUCCAGGCGACACACAGCAGUUGUGGGCAGGGCAGAUGCAUGUGGAUGUGACUCUUACCUUUGUGCAGGAGAUUGUAGCCAUGCAAAAAAUCAUCAGUUACCGCACAUACGCAUCUCUACAUCCUCCUUCCACACAACCAAGAGGCGUGCAUUCUGGCCAAGCAAAAGCACUUGAGGAGGUGUUAUGGUCUGGGGAGAAUCCCAGGCAUAAAGUUAAAGAGGUGUAGGUAGCUGCAUUUGGCCUCUGGGACAGGUUUCUCAACCCUGUUUUAUCUUCAUGGGAGAGGGACAGCUGGUGCGUACACUCACUCACUCGCUUAUUGAAAUGGAUUCCCAUGCAUCACUGAAAUGUUUCUGCAAGUGCCAAUUUGAAAGAAUUCUUUGCUGUAUUCUCUGCAGUAUACAAGCCUUGAAGCCAAACUCUGCCAAGUGGAAAGCAAGUAUCUUAUCUUGCUUCAAGAGAUGAAGACCCCAGUUUGCUCAGAGGAGCAGGGUCCUUGUCGUGAUGUGGUGACCCAGCUCCUGGAAGAUGCCUUGAAAGUGGACAGCAGUGAGCACCUGGAGCAGACAUACUUCAAACCUCACAUGGUCAGGUAAACAGAAGACUCUUGAUAACUUCACAUUUGAUACAACUAUAUAAACAAAGUAAAACACCACAGCCUUUUCUGAGAGCUAGUGCAGUGUAGCAGCUGAGGGACUAAGCUGGCACUCACAGUUUUAAAUCUCAUAACUGCAACUAUGUCUUUGCCUGGUUGCCCUUUGGCAGUCCUUUUGGACCCGAAAGAGGGCAGAAUCGGGGUGGGGUGAAAUGGGGCGCACGUAUGCAUGCUCCACCAGCACACAUGGGGGCUGGGGCCCUCUGUGCAAAAUGGUUGCCACCUGUACUAAGAUAAUACAAGACUCAUGUUGUUAGGACUGUUGUAAGAGUUAUGGAACUACCUCAGUGGUUGAGCGCCUGAGUUCAGUCCCUCAGUUUCCAGGAGAGAAUCCCCUGCCUGAAAUCCUGGAGAGCUUGUGCUGAAUUGGUGUAGAGUAGCCUUUAGAUGCCAUACACUGAGUGAGAUGAUUGGUCCAUCUAGCUCAGUAUUGUCAACACUGACUGGCAGCAGUUCUUGGAUAAUAUACUUAUGAAGGACAAUUGUCUGGAGUUCUACUAUUUUUAGUAUACUAACCACUCCCUCUUCUCUCCUCAUAGCCUUCUUCCUUUUCCUUUCUUGUUUUGAUCUAUUCUCUUUCUUUAUUGAUAUUACUGCAUUUUGUGUACUAGAAAGUGAACAUAAAAGCAAUUACCAGGGGAAGAAAAACAUUGACUGGCAAUGACUCCAGAAUUCUAGACCUUCCCUUCUCUCCAUGGAGAUGCUGUAGGCAUAACCUAAGACCUUCUGCAUGCAAAGCAUGUGCCUUAGAUAGUUCUGUGCUAGCUGGUCAUUUGUCUGACUUGGUAGAAGGCAGUUUCCUAUGUUCUUGUGUGAAGUGUUGUUGUGUAAUGUUAAGACACCAAUGCCAAAUACUUUCUUUACUUCUGCAUUUGGAAUGGGUGCCAGUAGCAUUGUAUUUUCUUUGGGGAACAGUGGGACUGAAUUUAACACCUUUUAAGGGUGAGCUGCUCUGAGCUAGAACUUCUGCAACCUCCCUGGCAAGAUGACCCCUUAAAUAUUUUUAAACAUUUUGUGGGUUCAAUGUGUGUGUGAAAGAGGGGUGUACCAUCCCUUAAAUAAUUAGUUGCAAAGCCUGGAUUAACUUAAGUAACUCAAGUAUAAUCAGCAUGUUUUCUAACUUGAGAAUUUUUUUGUCUGAACACUUACCAGAAGUAUCUAACUUAAUAAUUAUAAUGUAAUAUAAUAAUAUCAUAUCAUAUCAUAUACCAUCCUUCACCAAAAGAUUUCAGGAUGGUUCACAAGAUAUUUGGAAAUAUUCUCUAAAACUGGAGACAGUGAUCUUCCUUCACCUCCAGUUUCCUGAGUUCUGUUGGGAAAGGGGAGGAUGGAGAAGCUCCAAGCUCCGAGUCCUAUCCCUUGCCAUUGGAAAAUAAUGGUUAAAAUGUUUGAGACUAGAAACUUUUAAUUUCACAGUGCGAUGGCAUUACCAUUCAAUAAUUUUGGUGAGCACAGGUGUAAUUAAAUCCUCAGCAUUGUCAUUGGCAAUUAUUUUGCUGUUAAAUCUGUCACAUAUGCUUUGAAGUGUUAAAUCAGUGUAAGAGACCACCUUAUACAUCCAGUAGAUUGCUGUAGUCUGCAGAAGAAUUUCUCCUGCAAAACCCAAAGAUCUUAGAGCAAGACUUUCAGGGUGGUCACCCCUGCUCUAUGGAAUAGUAUUCUUGUUGAGAUAUGACAGACUCCCACUAUUUAACUUUCCAGAAACAAUUGAAAAUAUUUGUGUUCUGACAGGCUUUCCCAGGUCUUUCCCAUUGCUGUCCAUUUGCUAGGGUUUUUGUCUUGUUUUAAAUGUAUUUGUAGGCUUUGUACUUUUCACUGUUCAUAAUUACCUUAUAUGCAAAUUGCUUUGAGACCGUGGCUUAAAAGAAGAUGGAUAAGUUAACAAUAAACAAACAAACAACAACAGCCCUUUAGGUAUAAGGGUAAAGGACUCCUGGACAGUUAAGUCCAGUCAAACUUGACUAUGGGGUGCAGUACUCAUCUCACUUCAGGCCAAGGCAUUUGUCUACAGAUAGAUUUCUGGGUCAUGAGGCCAGCAUGACUAAACCAAUUCUGGUGCAACAGAAUGUGACGAGUGCCAGAGCACAUGGAAACGCUAUUUACCUUCCUGCCACAGCAGUACCUAUUUAUCUACUUGCGCUGAUAUGCUUUCGCACUGCUAGGUUGGCAGGAGCCGGGACAGAGCAACAAUAACUCAUCCCAUCACGCGGACUCAAACUGCUGACCUUCCGAUCAGCAAGCCCAAGACGCUCAGUGUUUUAGACCACAGCGCCAUCUACUCCCUUACUAAAAUGAAUGAGUUAACAGAAUGAGAGGGGGGAACUUAGUGCAUUUUUCUGAGCUCACAAAAGAUAUAGCAAACUUCCAGAAUAUCACCUUUCUCUUGCUUGAGUUUUUUUUCAUUCCUAAAGAUUCCCAGUUAAUCAGAUUUCUCUCUCCUUUACAGUGAAUAUGAUAUUUAUGGGUUUCAGACAGUCCCAGAGGAUGAUGAGGAAGAGAAGCUGGUAGCGAAGGUUCGGGCCUUGGAUCUGAAAUCCCUCUCCCUUACUGAAAACCAGGAGAUGUCCACAGGGGUGAAGUGGGAGAACUAUCUGGCUAGCACCAUGAACAGGGAGAUGGUGCGUUCUGUGGAACUCAAGAACCUCAUUCGGUAUGGUAUUCCGCAUGCCCACCGCUCCCAGAUGUGGAAAUGGUGCAUUGGCCUUCAUGUAAAGAAGUUCAGAGAACACAUGGACCCAGGCUACUUCCAAUCACUGCUUCAGAAUGCCCUGAAGAAGCAGAACCCAGCUUCAAAGCAGAUAGAGCUAGAUCUUCUGCGGACUUUGCCCAACAACAAGCAUUACUCUUCUCUGACAUCUGAAGGAGUGCAGAAGCUGCGGAAUGUCUUGCUUGCAUUUUCUUGGCGAAACCCAGACAUAGGAUAUUGCCAGGGUCUCAACAGGUAGAAUCUGUUUUCUUCAUUUUCUGUAGUCAUUUGGCAUGUCUCACUUUUAUUUUAUUUUUUUAAAAAGAAAUAUUUAUUGUCAUUUUGUUAUGAGAGGAGAAACAUAAAUUACAUAGAGAUUCUCCUUUAUCUCCACAAUAUGAACUGGUGAUAUUUAUUGUUAAAGCAAAAGGCUGGGUGGUCUAAAAUAGGAGUUAAAGGCGAUGGCAAAUGAGCUAAAUGUGAUUGCCAUUUAUGCCAUAUUCAAAGGGUCAGCUGUAGAAACAGAUUACUUAUUUUGCUAAUGUGAGCCCAUGAAGUUUUCAGGAUGGGUAAGGUGUUAAGAGAGGGUGGCAAAGGUUCCAGUUCCAUUUUGGCCCAUAGAGUUGAAGCUGAGUUAUUAAUCAUAUGUGUCAACUGUUUUAAUUGGAAAGCAUUGGAAAUACAACUUAAGAUUUGGGGCACCAAGACCUCCCUUAGUUCUUGGUCAAUACAGGGUUAGACAGCACACCCUGCUUUCUUUACCUCCUGAAAUAAAAUUAUUAAUCAAGUGUUGCCAUUGAGCCACUGAGAAAGAGGGAUAGUUAUGGGUAGGACCUGAAAGAAAAAUAAGAGAUUUAUGAAAAAUGCACACCUUCACAGCUGCAAUUUCGCCUAACCAACUUAAAUUUAAAUGCUUCUGUAGCCUUUUGUCAAGAUCCCCAAAAUUCCUUCAGUAAAGUUGACAUAACUCCAUGAUUUUACUACUUUGAGAUAUCUGAAUCCACCACAUAGCAAUUUAAAACCAGAAUUAGAGUGUAACCAGUUGUGUUCUGAAAUCAUCGAAAUAGGAAACAUCACUGAUUUGUUUUAAUUAAUUUUUCAUAGAAUUGUAGAAGGUCAUCUAGUCCACACCCACACACACCCAGCAACCUUAGCAGACAUACUAAGAGUCUGCUGUAGAGGCAAGAGAGCUCUUUUAGGAUCAUAGAACAUUUUAGCAGAUCGUGUGCAAAUGGGUUUAAUUUAUGUUCAGUUCCCUGAAUUUGGAUAUCUCUUAGAUUUGUAGCUAAAGCCUCUAUUGCCGCAGCUGGUGAACCAGAUGAAGCUUGUGAAAUAUGUAUGCAUAUAUGUUUAAACAAGCCAAGCAGCGCUCAUUUUAGCCCUUCUCUGUGGUCGAUGCAUAUAUUAGUGCCAAUCACUUUCCAGCAUCAGUUUUAAUGGCACCCAGACUCUUGCAGUUUUGCAAUAUGAGAUUGUUCUGUUUUAUCUUCUGUCUUUCAGACUGGUGGCAAUUGCGCUUCUCUACUUGGAGCAAGAAGAUGCCUUUUGGUGCCUAGUUACAAUAGUGGAGGUCUUCAUGCCUCGGGACUAUUAUACUAAAACCUUACUAGGCUCCCAGGUAUGGAGUGUGCCGGCAUGCAAAUUCAGCCUCUGAAGGCCUAGUUCUCUCAAACACCAGAAGAGGAAUCUUGGUUGGGGCUUUAGCGAUAAGCUCUUUCUCCAUACAUGCAACAAAUACACAUCCCUGCAUAUAGAAAACUCACAUACUGAAAUGGAAGUUAGGCUAGAACCUGUUGCCCUGACUUGGUAGAUUAUUACACACAGGAAGUCUUUCCUUUUGUUUUGCAUGUAAAAACAUCCAGUCACGUGAAUCUCCAGCUGCAAUCUGGCUCUUUUGGUUAUGAGCCACAUGCUUUUUUUGAGAAUUAGACAUACUAGUCAGCUUGUAUGUAUUUAGAUUUUUGCUCUUUCACACUGAUAAAUGUCCCUUCUGCCAGUGUAUAUUAUAUUUCUGCAUAUGGGGUUCUUGUUCUAUAGAAAUUAUCCCUACUUUUAAAUUCCACCUUUUUAAUCAGAUACCAGUUUGCUCUGGCAUUAGAGAUUCAGUCACCCUCCUUUAAGGCCUUGUGAGGCUGCCAUUUUAUUAUUUUUUUAAAAAAGAUAGUACCGUUUGUUCCAUUUUUUCUGAAUGAGUUUUCCUUUGUCUUGCACUCCUUUAGGUUGACCAGAGAGUCUUCAAGGACUUGAUGAGUGAGAAACUCCCUCGGCUGCAUGCCCACUUUGAGCAAUACAGAGUGGACUACUCGCUCAUCACCUUCAACUGGUUCCUUGUUGUGUUUGUAGACAGUGUGGUCAGCGACAUACUCUUCAAGAUAUGGGACUCUUUUUUGUACGAGGGGCCAAAGGUACAUGGCGUAACCCUGAAUGUUUCCUGAUGUUUGUAAAACCUGUGGGUAAAGCUGAGCUGAGAUGCCACCCAGUGGGAUGUUCUCCUGCCAAACAUUAGUGAAAUGAAUAGGAGCUGUGCAAUAGCUCAGUUGUCCCAUUCAUUUCCAUGUGCCUUGGGUAGGAGAAUUUUCUGCUAGGUUGUGCCCUGUAUCUUUAAUGACUGCUGAUGAAACAAUUGCUUGAGGAAAGAAAUUGAAUUGCUGGCAAUGUUCAGACUAAGCUAUGAUUUAGCACAUGGGUAGGCAAACUAAGGCUCAGGGGCUGGAUCAGGCCCAAUCGCCUUCUAAAUCCGGCCCGCGGACGAUCCGGGAAUCAGCAUGUUUUUACAUGAGUAGAAUGUGCCCUUUAUUUAAAAUGCAUCUCUGGGCUAUUUGUGGGGCAAAGGAAUUCGUUCAUCCCCCCCCCCCCCCAAAAAAACAUAGUCCAGUCCCCCACAAGGUCUGAGGGACUGGCCCCCUGCUGAAAAAGUUUGCUGAUCCCUGAUUUAGCAUAAUGUGAAUGAGCCUUAAACUUCCUAGUUCCCUCCUCCAGUACAGCCAUGUGGAGAUAGGAAGUUUUGGUUUCUGUUUUAACUAACUGCAGUUUAAUGUUAUGGCUGCACCCUGGCCAGCUGUGUCCAGUCAACUAUGACUUACUGAAACCAUCUUCAAACCUUGGUUUAUGAAGUUGACUUGUUUCAAUAUAUUGUAGUUCGGAUUAAUCACUGUUUAGGGUUUAGACAUAAUGCUAAACUGCAGCCAAGCCAGGGGAAGGGGAGGAGAGGAGAGGAAGGGGAAUGAAUGAACAGCCUGAGUCUUGUUCACAGUAGUUGAGUGUUAUGUCCAAACCAGACUAUUAAGUGUUAAUGUUUUCUGAAGACUAUCUUUCAUACUGCUUAGAGAAUUUGAUAGGAUGAACUAAAUUUACCUCUGGAAGGAUAUUGACAAAUAGUUUUGUGUGAAUUCCAUGAGACUCUGUUGUUGCACUAUAAUUAAACAUCUCACCAAUCUCUGCUUUCCUUGUGAAAACCAGGGUUCUAGUCCUUGUGCCUUGAAUGCAUGUGGACAGUGCCUCAUGGAGUUUCUGAAGCCAACAGAGUGGGAAGCGAGACUAACCAUAAUUUUCUAGUAGUUGAGGGGAUGAGGCUUUUGUGGCCUACAUAGUUGGUGAUCUCUUCCAUGCAGUUAACUGAAGUGGCAGGGAAUUUUAAACACUGCUCAUUCUCUUGUAACCUGAUGUUUGUCAAACAUUUAGGUAAUGUUCCGGUUUGCUUUGGCGCUCUUUAAAUACAAAGAGGAGGAAAUCUUAAAACAGCAAGACUCGAUGUCCAUAUUCAAGUACCUCAGAUACUUCACUCGCACAGUCCUUGAUGCUAGGUAAGGGCCUUUUUGGAAGUUGGAAACUGCUUGCUUAGAAAGAAUAUCUAUGUUCUGUUUUGGUUUUAUUCAAGUCUCUGACUUGACCUUCAUUCCAUGAGCUCAAAUUAAAACAAUUUAGUGUAAAGUUUUCUGUGCUGCCUAACUUUCCAAAGAAACUCAAGGCAACUAACAAAUUGGUAACAAAAUAGUAUAAAACAAACAGUAAUUCUCAUUUGAAGCCCUAUAAUUCAACCGAACAUUAACAAACUGAAAACAAACAACAAUUCCAGAACAACCAUCAAAAUUGAUUCAUUUGAUUUGAUUUGUUGUGUUUCUAUGCUGCUUUUUAUUCAAAUGAUUCCCAAAGCAGCUUAUAAACAAUAAAUAGCAAUAACAUCACAAAUCCAGCAUAAAUAAUGUAAAACAAUUAACAAAUAAUCAAUAAAACAAUUACAACCUAUAAAAUACUCUUAGCAAAGCAGCAACUAAAAAAUAAGCUGUCAUUGACCGGCUGGAUGAAGAGUGGUGGGAAGCACCAGCUGGGGAACCCACAAGGGAAGAAGACCCAGAGCCAGGGGAUUGUUGGUGGGAUGACCAUGAGUGGUCAGAGGGAGAAGACUGGGGGGAGGAGGUGUCAGAAGCUGAAGAGGCAACAGGGUUUAGUGAGUAGGAAGAGGCAGUGCCAGAGGGCAGUCCAGAAUCAGAGGCAGAAGUGGAGGCUAGAAGGUAGGGGGCAAAGGGCAGAGAUCAGGCCUAUCUGCUGAGACCAGCUCCCCUCCCUUCAUAUCUCCCAGAACCUGAAGAGUUAUGAAGAGGGCAGAGCAAAGACAGACAAGGAGAAGAAGUCUCAGGUUGCUUCAGAAGAACCUGGGGGAUGAGGAGACUUAGAGAGCAGUGGAAAGGCAAGGACCUUCAAUCCUUGCAACUGCCUCAUUGGGGCAAGACCUACUGGGAAGUGUAUUACCAGCUGCCUAGCCUAGUUCUUAGAGCUAGGUGCAGGCAAUAGGUUCUUUUCAAUCACAGCAGAUGGAAAACCAAUAGACCACCAGGUAAAGAAGAAGGCACUUUAUUAAUUGAUAAAUAUUAAUAAUAUGACACUAUAAGGUAGACUCUAAGCACAAAUACAAACAGUUAUAGAGACAGAUAAAGAUAAAUAAUCAUAUAAGCUCAACUGCACGCCCUGCCAGCUGCUAAGAGACUGCUGCCAACCCUUCAGGCUGGUGGGCAGGUCACACACCCAGGUGGAAAGUGAGCUGGUCCCUGCACUGCUGAUUCUUCAGUCCCUCUUCAGUUCGCCUUCAGUUCUUCUCCCUCUCGUUCCUCGGUUCUUCAGUGCUUCUUCUGGAACUCCCUCCUUUGCUGAGAUGGGUAGCAUUUAUAGACACUGGGCAGGCUCAAUAGCUGGCUGUGCAGGUGCUCUUAAUGAUGUACAUUUUCCUUCCUUCAUAUUUUUGGGCAUGAACCAAGUUCAUGUCUGGGUGCCAGCUUCAUGGCUGGGUUGAGGUAGGCCUGUCGCACAGUUGACUCCUUUCCUUAUCAGGCCAGCUGGCUAGCCUCUGGCUGAUGCCAACUUCUAAUUAUGCAAGUAGAUUUAUAGUCUUCUUCAUUAUAUUGAUAGAUUUAUAGUGGCAUCUAAUGCUAAGUGCUCAUUAUAAAUUGUAUAUCAGAAGCCCUCAUUAUAGCAAAGCUGCAUUGGAAGCAAGCACACCACCUAGCGAUUGCUUUCUGCCACUGCCACUACAUUACAGAUAGAUAUGUAAAGAGCUACUGCUGCAAUUACCUUGAGAUCAGGAGACACCACUUACAGGCAUUGUUUCAGAAAUACAGGAAGAGGUGCUGUGCUCACUAGACCUGAGUCGUUUUGCUGCUUCUUUGAAUAAAGAGUUAACUUUAGUGACACCUGGUGAGUUAUUGCUGACCGGCUCCCAGUUGCCACCUUGACAUAAGCUAAACAUCACAAUUACAGCAGAUGUCAUAUUAACACAUUAUAUACAACAUUUAUAAUCUAUAAAACAAUAUUAACCCAAAAGGAGCCCCAAAGCUAGCAGAUUAAACAUGUAUCUGGCUGGCUACCUAAAAAACCCAGACUCUUACAACUACCUAAAGCAGUAUAAUGAUGGAGCCUGACAUGCCUUGCUUUUCCACAGAUGGGUGCCACAACAGGAAAAGGCCUUAAGAAAAAGAGGGGGAAAUUUUAGGUCUCAUUUGAACAACCUGGGCUUUAAAAAGCUUUAAAUUAGCAUUUAUAUUAAACUAUGAGCAGGCAAAAGGAAAUGUAAACAGUAUUUAUUUUUAAUCGUCUCCAUCCUUCUACAGUUGUACCUUGGUUGUCAAAUGCCCUGGAACUCAUAUGUUUUGGCUCCUGAAUGUCGCAAACCUGGAAGUGACUGUUCCAGUUUGCGAACUAUUUUUGGAAGCCAAAUGUCUGACAGGGCUUCCACGGCUUCUGGUUGGCUGCAGGAGCUUCCUGCAGCCAAUCAGAAGCUGCGAUUUGGUUUUUAAAUGUUUUGGAAGUUGAACGGACUUUCAGAAUGGAUUCUGUUCGACUUCCAAGGUACGACUGUAUUCUGCAGCUGACAGGACAGCUUAUAAAUACAAUUAAAACCUUAAAAGCAGCAUUAAAUAGAUAUAUCCAACAUUAUUAAAUGCCUAGUUAGGUGAUAAGUGUUCCACUCACCUGGGGCUGGGAAGACAUAAGAUUUGGCAGUGGGGAGAACAUUCCACAGACAGUGCCAUGACCAAACAGGCUCUGUCUCUUAUUUUCACCCCCUGUGGGGGCACUUGGAGAAGGACUUCAGAAGAUCAUUUGAACAUUAGGCAAGUUGAUGUUGGGAGUAGUGCAUUGUUGAUGUUGGGAAUAGAUGUUUGGAGUAGUGCAUUGUGACCCCAGUGAAAAGGGAUACAUUCCUAGUCACUUCUUGAAGGUACAUGUCUGAUUAUGUCCUGAUAAUUCUGGCAAGUGGAGUGGUGAGUGUUUAAAAGGCAGCUCAACACAGGAGUAGCUUGGUCCCAGAUUUUCCCCCCAGGAGUGACACCUCAGGUUUUCGGUUUUCGUCAGAAACAGAUGAACUGCCUUCUCCUCUUCUCAGGAGACUUUCAGCCAACUUACAUUGCAUCAUGUUCUUUCUUGUUUUGAAAUGUACAGGCCCAGGUACUUGAGGUUGCUGACCACUAAGCAGUCCAACAAGAUCUCAAAAAUUCCAGUGAUAGCCGUGUUCCUAAGUUGUAGGUGUCAAGCUCAAUGUGCUAUGUUUGUUCCCGAAGGCCAGGAUUUAGAAACCUGACCUGACUUUUGCAUUGUUGACCUAGCAAAGUUCUCUGGAAACCUCCCAUUCCCAAUUAAAGCAGUCAGUCCUUUUCAAGCACUAUCUAUGGUGCUGGAAUACAGCACCCCCUGGCUGACUAAAUUCAACUAGCUACAGCCAGACUUCUGAACUCUUCAUAGACUUGAUGUCAUUGUUUAUGCUGUUCCUGCCUCCACUAUGUGGACCCCAAUCAUACAUUACAGUACUAACGCAAAUACAAAACUUUUACUAUAAUACAGAAACUAGCCAUGCCCAUUUUACACACAAAGUAGUAUUCUUUAAGAUUUUUGUGAUGCGUAAGUAAUGGGAGAAUUAUGGGGAAAUGCUGCAGGAACUCAUCUUCCUGAUAAAUGUGCAUUUAGGUUCAUUGAAUACAGUGAAGUUACACUGAAACAGCAAGAAGUUUUUUCUAGGCAGAGAUAGAUAGAAUAUUUUCUUUAUUUACAAAAGUACAUGUCUUGUUUCUUUUUUUCAAGUUGUAGUUCUUUGUUUGUUUUUUACCUUUGAAAAUGAUGUAUACUUCUAGGCAGAUUCUAGGGGGAAAUAAGCAAACAGCAUCCAGUUCCUCUCUGCCAUGACAGAUGAAAUGUUUCAUCAUAAACAAAGGAGACAGAAUGAUGAGAAACAGCUGGAACCUACAGCACUGCUUGAGUAGACCAAGCAUGGCUUCAUACUUCUCAGAAACAUGAAACUUCCUCUCUUUGUAAACUGCAUCUAGACUUGGAGCUGCAGCUAAUUUCUGCAAGCUGGGAGCAUUUGAGCAAAUUUGAGCAAUUUUGAAUUUGCAAAUUGUGUGUCCAGUUAAAUUUAGGAACGUGAGAGAGGUUUUUGUUUUGUUUAGCAAAGCUACCCAAGUAGGUUUGUGGGCUUGCACUGAAUGAUACAUAUUUGAGGUCAACAGACUUCUAACUUGAAGAAUCUGCUUUGUGGGAGUCACAAAUCCUUGCUAAUCUACUGCAGAUCACUCCCAAUCUACUUUAUGCCACCUAUGAUUUAACUAGACAAACUUAGGCAGCAGGGGGGGAAAUCAUCUCUUUUGCACACUCCUUCCACAUCUUUAGUGGGUUUACACUUUGUUGCCCUUUAGAAAGGGUUCUGUGUACCUUUUCAGCUCCAUGAGAAGCAGAAACUUUAAGACCUCAUCUAUUCCAUAUUGUUUCAAUAUGUGGGAAAGGUGAGGCUCUCCUCCUACAGUCUAGCCCAGUGUUUCUCAACCUUUUCCCAACCAUGGCCACAUUCCAACCUUGUUUCCUUCCUAUGCCAGGCUCCCCCAUCCCUGGUUAUCAUUUGUUCAUGAGUUUUGUGCUCUUGAUCUUGAGAGAAGAGUUUUGGGAGUGUCUUGCAACUGCUGAAAUCUGUUUGGGACUGAACUUUGGUGGAUUACACAACAAACUCUUUUUAAAGGAAUGUGGUUGGUCAUCUGCAUUUUCUAUUUUUUUUUAUUCCAGGAAACUCAUCAGUAUUGCUUUUGGGGAUCUGAAUCCCUUUCCAUUGCGCCAGAUAAGAAAUCGGAGGGCCUACCACCUGGAGAAAGUGCGCCUGGAGCUCAUGGAACUUGAAGCCAUUCGGGAAGACUUCUUGCGUGAGCGGGAAACUAAUCCAGAUAAAAGGGACCUCAUUAGUGAUGAUGAAGAAGAUGGUUGA